CUCCCUAAGCUAUAUAUGUGCCUGACCAUGAUCAUUUGCAAAUAACAAUCUCAUACACGUUUACAAACACCUUUGCAUACGAUUUCCCACUAACUUUUGAAAGAGAAACUUUUAUUUGUUUUCGAAGAAUGAGUCAAUUCAGCCAAAACCAAUCUGCAGGAGCUUAUCCUACGCCUCCAGUGUCUACUGGUCCCUACGUGGCACCACCUCCUGCCGGUUACCCAACGAACGACACGAGUCAUGCCACGAUGGCUCCGGUCGAGACAAAGUCUAAGGGUGAUGGAUUCUUGAAAGGCUGUCUUGCGGCCAUGUGUUGCUGUUGUGUCCUCGACGCCUGCUUCUGAUUUCGGACGAGUUCACUGGUCUAUUUGAUGUUAUUGUGAAUGAUUUAUAUUAUGUUUUACUAAACCAUGUUUAGGAGUCGAUUAGUUUAUAUCGCAUAUGGAUCUCCUUUCUUAUUUAUUAAUUUUUUAUUUAUUAAUCUAUGGUUGUAUUGUUGAUUCUUUCAUUUUAAUAAAUUGUUUUUCUUAGA